GGAAUUUCUCGAGGGACGAGCGAGCAGAGAGAGGGAGAGCUUCGACCUGUUUCCCACAGAUCUGAGCUGGUGUGUGUACAUCUGUCCUCUUGUAGUCCCAUCCCUUGUUCACUAUGGCUCCUACACUCUCCACUGCAUUUGCUCGUCGCUGGUGGAUGGCAGUUACAGCCAUCAUUGAGAACUUACUGUUUUCUGCUGUACUGCUAGGCUGGGGCUCCCUUCUCAUCAUGCUCAAAUCUGAAGGCUUUUACUCCUAUCUCUGCACAGAACAUAGUAACAGUUCCACUUUAAACAUCUCUACAAAACCAGUGACUUCACCAGCAGUGGAAGAGGAAGACUACCUAUAUGAGGAGUUUCCACAUGACAAUGGGGUAGAAAUAGUUUCUCUGAAACCAGUGGAUCAACCUCUGCAUUUGAACGGCUGGUUGAUCUGCAAAGAACAGGAUGAGAUGCUAAACCUUGCCUUCACUGUUGGCUCGUUCCUUCUCAGUGCCAUUGCUCUUCCUCUCGGCAUCGUCAUGGACAAAUAUGGACCCCGCAAACUCCGUCUGACUGGCAGUGCCUGCUUUGGCUUGUCAUGCCUGCUUAUUGCCUAUGGAGCCAGCAACCCCAGUGAACUUUCUGUACUUAUUUUUAUCGCACUGAUUUUUAAUGGCUUUGGAGGAAUGUGUAUGACCUUCACUUCCCUUACACUUCCCAGCAUGUUUGGAGACCUGCGUUCCACAUUUAUUUCUCUCAUGAUUGGCUCCUAUGCAUCGUCAGCUGUCACAUUUCCUGGGGUUAAGGUGAUCUAUGACCUGGGAGUGAACUUCAUUACUAUCCUGGUAGUGUGGGCGGUGUGUGCUGGCCUUGUCUUCCUCAACUGUUUCCUCAACUGGCCUCUUGAAGCCUUUCCUGGCCCAGAAGACAUGGACUACACUGUGAAGAUCAAGUUUAGCUGGUUGGGUUUCGACCACAAGAUUACCGGAAAGGAAUUUUAUAAGCAGGUGACCACAGUAGGCAAACGGUUAAGCACAAGUGCCCCUCCAACACAGAAGGAGCUGUCUGACAGUGAAGCUUACAAACUCUGCCUCUCUACCAUGGACCUGGAGGUGCAGUGUGAGCCCAAAGAAGAAUCUCAGUCCUUCAUGCAGAGUAUCCUCAGCCCUCUCUUCUUGCUCAGCCUGGUUACAAUGUGUGUCACUCAGCUGCGUCUGAUCUUCUACAUGGGAGCCAUGAACAGCAUCUUGGAGUCCAUGAGCGAUGGAGACCUUGAUACAGUGAGUCUGUAUACCUCUAUUUUUGGCGUGAUGCAACUGUUGUGCCUCUUGACCACUCCAGUCAUUGGUCAGAUCAUGGACUGGAAGCUAAAGGACUGUGAUGACGAGACUGAUAUAAAAAAUGCCAGCAAAAAUGAGCCACAGCCGAAGCGAAGGGACAGAAAAAUCCAAAAGAUAACCAAUGCCAUUCGAGCCUUUGCUCUAACGAAUCUCAUCCUUGUUGGAUUUGGCAUCACUUGUCUUAUCCCAAUCCUUCAACUUCAGAUGCUCUCUUUUGUUCUGCAUACAAUUGUCAGAGGUUUUAUCCACUCAGCUAUUGGAGGACUUUAUGCUGCUGUUUACCCAUCGUCUCAAUUCGGGACCCUGACUGGGAUGCAGUCUCUGAUUAGUGCCCUUUUUGCUCUGCUCCAGCAACCUCUUUUUAUGGCCAUGAUGGGGCCCCUGGAGGGAAAUCCACUCUGGGUGGACGUGGGUCUUUUUGUUCUCAGCAUGCUUGGUUUCCUGUUGCCCCUUUAUCUGCUGUGUUUCCGCAAAAACCUUCACCAAAAGAGGAAAGAGAGAGAAAAUGAUGCCAAGAUCUACAUCAGAAUCAAUGGCAGUGACAAGACUGAGGCCUUUGUCUAGAUCCAGGCCAAACCCAGAGACUAAAGCAAGGAUGUACAGAGACAAAGAGAGAAAUGUGUGUCAUUUUUAUCAUGACUUAUAUAUUAACAUACAUUUAAGCACGCACCUCUUGUUUAGAGGUUCAGCGUACUAACUAUGCUGUUUUGGAAACUAAUAUAUCAUCAAUGGAAAAAACAAUAUGGAAUUCAAACCCUGUGUGUUCAAAUGUAUACUUUUUUUUUCUUCACUAGCUGUUCAACUCAUUUUACAUUGUCUGCUGUGUGAAGAAAAGGAAAGAAAGAAAAAAAAAACAUUUGAACAUUAAUGUUCAGCUGCCUAACUCUUGGUACCUUACCAAUGUGCUGUGCAAGAAAACAGCAAUGCUAAAAAUUGUAAAUGACUUUUGGUUAUGAGAAUUUUAUAUUUGUAUGAGAUAAUAACGAUGCAUUAAACAAGCUGGUCCAUCUGA